GCGUAAGAUCACCCACAUUCCAGCUAUUUCCUUCCAGCCAGGUGUGUGUGUGUGUGUCUGCGCUGCUCCCUCCGCUGCUGGGUGGUGAUCGCACUUACCAUGCCACACAACAUGUGCAGGGCUGGGGCUUUUCCUUGAGACAAGCUGCUGACAUCACUGGAAGUCUUCUCAGAUUGCACUUCAUAAAAAUCAGGUACUCACUUCUUCUCAGGCUAGAGCAAACUUGUUUUCUGGGUGUACCAAAGGAGAGGCGAGCGCCGUCCUAACCUCAGCUGUGUUUACUAAAAAAGACGUCUUCCUGCGAGCCAUGGCUUAACGUCGCCGCACACGCCUGUGCACUGUGAGCUCAGCGGCAGUGCUCUUCUGAGAGACGAUUAUGGAUACCAUUGACUCUGAUUUCCCGGGCUGCCCACUGGUUCAAGAUGUGAUUCAUAAUGAAGUGAAGUCUGAGAGGCCAAGGGUGAUAUCUAAGAGUGGACAUAGCAAUGUCAAGAUUGACAAAGUGGAGGGUGUCUUCCUUCUAUACCUCCAGGACUUGUGGACCACUGUUAUUGACAUGAAAUGGAGGUACAAGCUGACCCUGUUUGCGGCCACCUUCUUCCUGACAUGGUGCUUUUUUGGAAUCAUAUAUUUUGUGAUAGCAAUAGUGCAUGGAGAUGUCCACAUUGACCCAACUUCCAACCACACUCCAUGCGUAAUGAAUGUUGACUCCUUUACUGGUGCCUUUCUCUUUUCUCUGGAGUCGCAGACCACAAUUGGUUAUGGGUUCCGCUACAUUACUGAAGAGUGCCCUGUCGCUAUCCUCUUACUUGUGGCCCAACUGGUCUUAACAACAUUAAUAGAAAUUUUCAUCACUGGUACAUUCCUUGCCAAAAUUGCUAGACCUAAAAAAAGGGCUGAAACCAUUAAAUUCAGCAACAAGGCCGUUAUCACAAAACACAAUGGAAAGAUGUGUUUGGUAGUACAGGUGGCCAACAUGAGAAAAAGCUUGCUGAUACAAUGCCAACUCUACGGGAAACUACUUCAUAACUAUGAGACCAAAGAAGGGGAGAAGAUCUUGCUGAAGCAAGACAACAUGAGCUUCCAUGUAGACUCUUCUUCAGAAAGCCCCUUUUUGAUUCUGCCAUUAAUGUUUUAUCACGUGCUGGAUGAAAAUAGCCCACUGCAUGAUCUUACUGCUGGGAACAUUAAGACAAAAGACUUUGAACUUGUCGUUCUUCUUAACGCCACAGUGGAAUCUACCAGCACAGUGUGCCAAAGCAGAACCUCUUAUUUGCCGGAUGAGAUCUACUGGGGCUUCGAAUUUGUUCCCGUUGUUUCUUUGUCCCAGCAGGGAAAAUACGUUGCAGAUUUCAGCAACUUUGAUCAAAUCAGAAAAAGUGAAAUACACACCACGUUCUACACAAAUACAGAGAAACAAAGGUUAGAAGAAGAAUACAGACGGCAAGAACUACAAAACAGACAGAAUCAAUCAUUGCUCAUUUUGCAGAGUGACGUUUGACUAUUUUGCUACAAGUUGUGGCACGGGCGAUAUCUUGAGUUUUGUUGACUUUGGGAACUGGUUAUACCUGCUACUAAUAAGCUAUUUACCUAGCUAAACACUCAGAUCAACCACCAGUGACUGCAAACCACUUGUUAUGGAUAAUUUAUUUAUCUUGCUGUUCUGUCCAGUUAUUGAUGUACAGUAUCUUCUUCUUAAGUGCCAUAAUGGGAAAACCAGUUGAUGUAAAGCACUGAACUGUGAACUCAGAGACCAUGGGCCAGAUUCAGAGAGAAAUACGUUACGCUG